AUGUCCUCUGAAACUACGGAGUGUUUCUUUGAAAUUAAUACUGGAGAUGGCUGGGAAAAAUCCCUGACUAAGAUUUUGAGCAGCUUUGAAGACCCUGUCUUCGACAUAAAUCCAACGUUGGGAUAUGCUUACGUGAAAGGCAAGACAGAUAGAUACCAAAUUUUGAAGAAGCUAAAGAAAGGUGGGAAACAUGCAGACCUCAAGAGGAUCACUUUUGGUUCUCAAGGAGAUGAUAAUAAUCAUAAUAACCCUCCCCAUGCUUCAUCACUUCCAAAAAUGGGCCCUCUUUAUGAUCCUUAUUAUCAUUAUGCCGAUGAUCUUUAUAAUUACCAUUCACGUGGAUACAACCCUUGGCAUGCUAACAACAACCUUAGUCACCUGUUUCUGAACAAUCCUCGCAAUUACCAUGGACCUAAUCAUCAUCUUCCUCAUCCCUUGCAUGGUCACGGCCAUGAAUGGAGGGGCUCCUUCCACCGACAUGACUCGCAUGUGACAAGUUCUUCCACAUCAUCGUCAUCUUCCCGCCCCGUGACAGGACCAAAACCAUCAACCCGACCACCAGUGACUGAACCAGUGCGUCUUGCUCCUUCUAGAAGGCUCGGAUUCAUUAAGAAAGUUUUUUUCAUCAAGAAAGGUAUUUCCAUUAAGAAAAUUACUAGGAAGUUUCGCUCAUGCUUGAGGUUUUGCGAUAAAAUCAAGUAACUCGUUAGCUCGCGUAUUUCACUUAACCAGGGAUUAUGAUAUAGUUUGAGUUUUGAUGUCAGUCAGGUGACGAGUUGAUGUCGUUUUCAUUUUUGUUUUUCCUCCCUAAAUAUA